UCGAUCGAAUAGAACAGAAUCAAAUUGAAAAUGACGAAGAAAUUGUUUGCUCUCAGAGCAAAUCUGAGAUUCAUGAGGUUAUUAGGGAUGUGGCCAGGCGAAGGUAAAGCGAACACGAAUAUACGUUUCAAAAUUGAGGUGUUCAUUAGAAUGGCAUUAACAUUCGCCGUCAGUUUCGGUGCUUUGGCUCAGCUGAUACGAGAGAUGAAAGGUAAUAAUUGAAGAUCUUCAAAUAUAUGGCUCAAAAUAAAAUUGAUACUUAGGUUUGAGCAAGUCCGAUUUGGUGGAAGUCGUUGAAACUCUGGCCUUAACAUCGAUUGGUAUAACGUAUUAUUACAUGUUCAUCUGUUACUUGCUGAACAUGCCUAAGAUGGAGACGCUCGUGACGGACAUAAACGACUUCUCUUUCUUCAAAAAACCUAAAGAUUUCGUGAAAAUCAAUAAACGCAUCGAAUGGCUCGUCGCGAUUUACAACUUCUGCAUUUACGGCGUCAUCACUCUGUAUUCAAUACUGAGUUACACGGAGAAGUCCGAGUGCUUGGAAGAGAACGAGAAGUUCGAGAAGGACAAAAUCUGCGGAUUGUUGGCCAACACUUGGAUGGCCAUCGAUCUUACACGAUCACCCAUCAACGAGAUCUUCAUUUGCUUGCAGACGUACUCGGGCUGGGUCUUCAUGGUAGGAGGAAUCAACAUGUUCUCCUUCGUCUUCGCCUGCAUCGAGAAUCUUAUCCUCAGGUUGAAUGUGAUUAAAGCGAUUAUGCAGGAGAUGUUCGAAUCGGAUUCGGAAUCAGAGAAGAGACGUUUGCUCAACUAUUGCAUCCGCUAUCAUGUGAACGUCAUCGAAUUUAUACAUCGCCUCAACGCAGCUUUUCGCUCUGUGACAUUUGCUUCAAUAUCUUUGUUUUCUUUGCUGAUGGCCUUAGCAGCUUACCAGUUCAUAAAUGUUCCUUCUGUUAAAGCUCUGCUACAUUUUCAAGGAUUCUUCCUCACAUGGUUUAUAAUCUGCUUUAUGGGUCAGAGAAUCAUCACUCAGAGCUUAGAAUUCAACGCAUUCUUGUAUAACACACCGUGGUAUACGCAGAGCGUGUCAAUCCAAAAAGAUUUUCUGAUGGUUUUAAGGAGAUCGCAGUUUCCUUUGGAGAUUUGGGCAGGUCCUUUUGCCACCAUGUCAUUCCCGACAUUUCAAUUGGUGAUGAGAAACACGUACACUUUCGUCACCGUUUUAAGCAUGGCUUUGGAAUAAUUUAGAAAUCGAUUGUUUUUUUUAAA